CAACUAUAAAGUUACAACUACAUUAUACAGUUACUAUUCAAAAUUCAUUUUUAACCUUUUUUCUCCCAGGAGACUUCUGUGUCCAACACAUUUCACUUUAUCCAAAGAUGUGGCCUAUCUUAUGAUUCUGGCAAGCAGCCAAGGUUGAACAGCCGAUACCCAAUCAAAAUUCAGAUUUAGCCUAUCCUGAGUAGAAUAAUGUUUGCCUAGCAACAUUCUCUCAUUGGCUAGAAUUGAGUACGCGCUGGGAAAAUGAAACUUAACAGAACGUAAACUGCAGCACAAUGGUAUUGUAAGGUGCAGCACUUUAGUUUUGCAUGAGUUUUAGACCAUUCCAUUAGUUCAAGGUAAAUCUCCACCCACCUGGGGCAUCUGCUAAGCAAAACCAGCAGGACCACUGCUUCAGGUCUCUCAGUGACAACAAUAUACAGAUCUGUGCAACACUAAAAUAAUAGAAAUGGAACGAGGAAGAGGAAGGAUUCUGAAGAUUCUGUUCCUGUUGACACUCACUGGUCAAGGCCAAGUUUCAGGGCAGCUCUCUGACCUGAGGAUAGUUCUGGUGGGGAAGACUGGAUCAGGGAAGAGUGCAACAGGAAACACCAUCCUGGGGAGGGAGGGGUUUAAAGAAGACUCCUCCCCUGAGUCUGUUACCUCACACUGUAUGAAGCAGAGUGGAAUGGUGGCUGGAAAGAAGAUCAAUGUGAUUGACACACCAGGACUCUUUGACACAAAAUUGACUGAUACGGAAAUGAAAAGUGAAAUAGAAAAGGCCAUCUACAUGUCAGUCCCGGGACCCCACGUCUUCCUGCUGGUGAUCAGACUUGGGGUAAGGUUCACAGAGGAGGAGCAGGACACUGUUAAGUGGAUCCAGGAGAACUUUGGAGAAGAAGCCUCAAUGUACACCAUCUUGCUGUUCACUCAUGGAGAUCAACUGAAGGGAAAAUCAGUGGAGGAGUUUCUGGCUGAGAGCAAAGAGUUACGGAAACUCAUCAAUAUCUGUGGGGGCAGAUAUCACUCCCUAAUCAAUGACAAGAGAAAACACAACACUCAGGUCCCAGAGCUGCUGAAGAAGAUAGAGGAGAUGGUGAAGAAGAAUGGAGGACAACACUACACCAAUGAGAUGUACCAGGAGGCCCAGAUGAAGAUCGAAGAGGAGGAGGAGAGGAAGAAACAGGAAGAGGAUAAGAGAGAGAAAGAGAGGCAACAGAAGGAGAGAGAAAGGAUCAGAAGAGAAGAAAUAUUGUCUCGAUGCAAGAUAUCAGCAUUGGUCAGUUCGGCUGUAUUGGGGUGGGGAUACAAAUUCUCAUCUCCAUUGUGGUUAGCAGCAGGAUCUGUAUCAGCCAUUUUUGAAGGUUAUCAAUGCAUGGAUGCUUAUUUCAAUUGGGGUGGUUCUGACCCAAAAGAGCACGAGGAAUAGGAUUUCACCAUCUCAGAUUGUUCUGAAGUUAAGAUUAGUUUUCAGGCAAAUUUCUUUUUGGGGGGGGUGGGAAUAUAAUUUGAUCACUGAGAAAUUAAGCUAAUUGAUUGCACCCAAAUUGGCUAUUCUAAUUGAUAAGAUAUUCAAUAAAUAUACACUAUAUAUACAAAAGUAUGUGGACACCCCUUCAAAUUAGUGGUUUCGGCUAUUUCAGCCACACAUUGCUGACAGAUUUAUAAAAUCGAGCAGACAGCCAUGCAAUCUCUAUAGACAAAUAUUGGCAGUAGAAUGGCCUUACUGAAGAGCUCUGUGACUUUCAACAUGGCACUGUCAUAGGAUGACACCUUUCCAACAAGUCAGUUCUUGAAAUGUCGUCCCUGCUUGAGCUGCCCUGGUCAACUGUAAGUGCUGUUAUUGUGAAGUAGAAACGUCUAGGAGCAACAACAGCUGAGCUGCGUCUCUGUCCUCGGUUACAACGCUCAUUACCGAGUUCCAAACGGCCUCUGGAAGCAACGUCAGCACAGGAGCUGUUCGUCGGGAGCUUCAUGAAAUAGGUUUCCAUGGCCGAGCAUCCGUACACAAGCCUAAGAUCACCAUACGCACAGUGUCGGCUGGAGUGGUGUAAAGCUCAUCGCCAGUGGACUCUGGAGCAGUGGAAACACGUUCUCUGGAGUGUUGAAUCAAGCUUCACCAUCUGGUAGUCCGACAGAUGAAUAUGAGUUUGGCGGAUGCCAGGAGAACACUACCUGCCCAAAUUCUGUUUGAAUUUGGUUUGUUUCCAUGCCUGUCAUAACAUUCUUUAUCUGACCUGGACUUUACUUGCAUAAAAAUGUUGGAUAUGAAAUCAAAGGAAUUCGCACCUCGACAUCAACCAGAGUUACAGUGACCUAAAAUCACAAAACAUACAUCUUAAAAAUAUUCAUAUCAUGUGUAAUAGUAGAGUAUAAACACCAUUAAUCAUAUCGACUUUAUAAGUCUAAAAACACUAUUCUUUACAUCUGCCAAGAGAAACAGAGAUUGGUCCUCCUCUCUGAAGUGGGUCAUCAACAGAAGAAUGGCAGAAUGGUCUUUUGGCUUUUAAAAAUGUUGACAAUUCUCUUACUCUUGUUCGGGAGAGCUUGAGUCAGGCGUCUGUCAAUCACGACGCCAGGGAGGGUUUUGAAGUGGUCACAGAGCCAUAACUUGGUGAAACGGAAAGGCCACUGUUCCUGGAGGUCACUGAUGCUUGGAGGAGGACAAGAGUCCUAUCCAUUGUUACAGAUAAUAUCCUUUCUUCAUUUUCUUAAAAAAAAUUACAUACAUUUUUUUAGGCUAUGUGCUGCACUCCAUACCAGCACAAUGACCAUGACAUUUGUCUCGCUCCCUCAUAGCAUAAACCAUUUAUUUUGAGGGGGGAAAAAUGAACUAUUUACAGAACCUUUUAAACCUUGUGUGUGUGUGUGUGUGUGUGUGUUCCGAAAGGGUUCUUUGGCUGUCCCCAUAGGAGAACCCUUUUUGUUUCCAUGUAGAACCCUCCGUGGAAAGGGUUCUACAUGGAACCCAGAAGAGUUCUACCUGGAACCAAAAGGGUUAUACGUAACGUUACCUGGAAUCAGAAAGGGAUCUUCAAAGGGUUCUCUUAUGGGGACAGACAAAUAACCAUGUUACGUUCUAGAUGGCACCCUUUUUCAUAACAAUUAUGUAAAUAUGUUACAUUCAUCAAUCAAGAUCUCACCUCUUUGGUUGAAAUUCCUGACACUA